AUGGCUGAUAACCCCUCUCCAAACCAUGAAGAUAGGCGGGGUGCUAGCAGAGAUGAUAAUUCAUUGGAUCCAGCAUUUCCCUCGAAUGGAGCGUCUCCCAGAAGUUUCACCCUACGGUCGCUCCUGGUUGGCCUGGUUAUUGGAGCCUUGAUCACCUUCUCGAAUACAUACUUCGGAUUGCAGACAGGAUGGAUCAGUACAAUGGCUAUGCCUUCGGCGCUGAUAGGAUUCUCGGUUUUCAAGGUGUUUUCCAAAUAUCUCUCCUAUCCGUUUACCCCUAUCGAGAAUGUCCUUAUCCAGACUGUAGCUGGAGCGGUGGGUACAAUGCCCCUCGGAUGCGGUUUUGUCGGUGUGAUUCCCGCGCUGGAGUUUCUCAUCAGGGACGGAGAGGAUGGCCCUUCAGGUGAUGGUGGGGUUGGGGAAGGUGGUCCCUUGAAGCUCAACUUCUGGAAAUUGGUCCUCUGGAGUCUGGGGGUCUGUUUAUUUGGAGUGGUCUUUGCUGUCCCUCUGAGAAAAGAGGUGAUUGUUCGGGAAAAGCUAAAGUUCCCCAGUGGAACCGCCUCAGCUUUGAUGUUAAGGGUUCUUCAUGGAAGCGGUGGAAAUGAGAAAGCAUCUAGCACCGGCGUCUUUCGUUCGGCUGGAACACGAGAUGAGGAAGACACCCAGGCUCUACUAUCAUCACACGAUUCAGAGGAGACAGGUGCUCUAUUGAAACAGGAUGAUGCUCUGGAAGAUGCAAACGAGGAUAAGAAGGACUGGAGGUCCAAGAUGCGUCUUCUAAUUGGCGCCUUCACUGUGUCUGGACUUUAUACUCUGUUCUCCUAUUUCGUGCCUCAGGUCCGCGAUAUUCCGAUCUUUGGUCUCUCUCUUGCUUCGAAUUGGCUAUGGACCCUCAAUCCAUCUCCCGCAUAUGUCGGGCAAGGGAUCAUUAUGGGCCCUUCAACCUGUAUGCACAUGCUGCUUGGUGCUGUGUUUGGCUGGGGGGUAUUGUCUCCACUGGCGAAAGCUCGCGGCUGGGCUCCUGGUCCUGUGGAUAGCUGGGAGGAUGGAAGCAAAGCAUGGAUCGUAUGGGUAUCUUUGGCUAUUAUGCUUGCAGAUUCUAUUGCAAGCCUAGGCUGGCUGGUGCUCAAGCCAGUUGUGGGGCCCAAACCCAAUCUCACGAGCAAGCUUUGGAAUAGUCGGAUGGGGCGCUGGAUCUCCUCAGAAGGCCCUAAACCCUCUAAUCUUCCAUCAUACAGCUACUCAGCUUUGAGUCCCAUCUCCGAAGAGUCAUCCGCUAGAAGCCAGCUUCCCCCACUUGGAACCUCUUCGGAGGCACCAGAAGACGAAGAUGCACCUCCUUCGCAGCUCAUCUCCGGACGAACCGUCCUCAUCCUUCUUCCUCUCACCCUCGUACUUAAUGUCGUAUGUAUGCAUAUCGUCUUCGGUGACAUUAUAUCGCCUCUACUUUCUAGCCUCGCCACGCUUCUAGCAGUCCUUCUAUCCAUCAUGGGAGUUCGCGCCUUGGGCGAAACAGAUCUCAACCCUGUCUCCGGAAUCAGCAAACUGACCCAACUGCUCUUUUCCCUCGCCACCCCUGCCUCCCAUUUCUCUCGCCGCACCGCCCUCGUCACAAACCUCCUCGCCGGUGCCGUAUCCGAAUCCGGCGCCCUCCAAGCGGGCGACAUGAUGCAAGACCUGAAAACCGGCCACCUCCUCGGCGCUAGCCCGAAAGCCCAGUUUUACGGACAAAUGAUCGGCAGUCUCGUUGGUGCCGUCCUCUCCACUGCAGUCUACAAAAUGUACGUCAACGUCUACGAAGUCCCGGGUCCGAUGUUCCAAACACCCACCGCAUACGUGUGGAUCUUCACAGCCCGCCUCGUCACUGGCCAAGGUCUACCUCCCAUGGCAUGGGAAGCGUCCUUGCUCGCCGGCGCAGUCUUCUUCGCCAUUACCGUGCUCCGCAUCAUUGCUGCCUCGCCCAUGGCGAACGGCGGCCAACCACACGGCGUCUCAGCGCCUUGGAGAUCAUGGAUUCCCGGCGGUAUCGCCGUUGCAGUCGGCAUAUUCAACGUUCCCUCGUUUACGCUUGCCAGGGCAAUCGGUGGCCUAAUCGCCUGGUGGUGGUCUCGAAGCCACACGAAAACCACAAAAUCCACCGGUUCUCUCAAUGUUGAGCCCGAGCCACAUGGCCAGGAUUCCCGCGCGGCGAGCAGCAGCUCCAAUACACAGGGCAGAGUGGGCAACCCUACCGAUAAAAAUGCCACUAGCGCUGCGGAUGCUGCGUCCUCGAGCGUGGUGGUUUUGGCAUCCGGGUUGAUUCUCGGUGAAGAGCCUACUCAGCGGGUCGAUCGGAGAGAAGCUCGAGAGCUUGUCAUUGCUUGCGUGGUUGGCAGCUCGCUGGGCCGGUCGACGGAAAAGGUGUGGUAUGAAACAUUAACGUCAAUCAAAUUCAAAAGGGGAAAGGGUAAAAAAGAUGAAGGUCAUGGGAAAUCAAAGCAAGGGAAACGUGAAAAGGGUAAUACGUCGCAGACGCAUGUCAUAGUUAUUGGACGAGUGUUGUCAGAUACCCGCCGGCAAUGA